AUGAUGGAGGAGAUGUUGAGUAUGGAUGCGUGGUCGCGUUUGACCUCAACUGGCCGAAGAGCUACCCUUCUUGGCGAGGCCAAGGCAUCCCAAGGUACUUCGAACCCCCAGCAGCCCGAGUGUGAAGCUACUCAAGUGUACCAAGCCAUCGACACCCUGAAUUGUGCCACCACCAUGUUGAAGAUGAACAUCCAGGAUACUGUGACUACGAAGACCCCGAGUUCCUGGCUCGCUGCUGCCGUCCGAAAUGACGAUGUCGUCAAGCGAUCGCUGAGGGCCCACGACGCGCUGGAUGAGAGUGACGAAAAGGAGGAAAGAGGCCUUGGGGAGAAGCUCAAGUUCUGGAAGUGGCUCAAGAAAGGCAUGGACCCCAAGAAAAUGUACAAGAAGCUGGGACUGGAGGGUCUUGGCCAGCAAGCGUACUUGCACAAAAACUACCAGACGUACCUCGACUUUUCCGCUUACUGGAGAACGAACAACUAA